UAAAAACCAUAGAUAAAUAUAUUAUUAGAUCAACAACGACAAAUGGAAAUGUUGAAAUUAGUGUUGGUAUCGAUUUUAUUUAAUUUAACUUCAGGUAAACAAGGUUUUGGUCCGACCGAUCAAGAAUGGGGAUAUUCCAUGGUUAGAAAAGGUUCUUACAUGUUUUGGUGGUUGCAUUUUACUACAGCAGAUGUUUCCAAUCCAACGGAAAGACCUUUGAUCAUAUGGUUACAAGGCGGACCUGGUGGCUCUUCAACUGGAUACGGUAAUUUCGCCGAAUUAGGACCAUUAGAUCUGGAAUUAAAACCAAGAAAUACCACGUGGGUUCAAUGGGCUAACGUAUUAUUCGUUGAUAAUCCAGUUGGAACUGGAUUUAGUUACAUCGACGAGGAAGGUUCUUUUACGGAAAACAAUACACAGAUAGCGCAUGAUUUUUUGGUUUUCUUAAAAGAUUUUUACGAGAGAUUACCGCAAUUCGAAAAAGUACCUUUAUAUAUAUUUUGCGAAUCGUAUGGUGGAAAAAUGACGCCAGAAAUAGCUUUAUCAAUAUAUAAUGCUGAAAAAAAUGGAGAUAUUGGUUCGAAUCUUCGAGGAAUAGGUUUGGGAGAUUCGUCGGUGUCCCCAGUUGAUUCUGUAUUAAUGUACGCACCUUAUUUAUCGAAUUUGGGAAUUAUUGACGACGAUGGCUACGAUGCUAUUAUGGAACUAGCAUAUGCAGUUAAAGACGCUGUAGAUAACGAGAAUUUUGAUGAAGCUUUCGAUUUAUCUAACCUUGUAGCAGCUGAAAUAGACGAAAAAAGUUAUAACGUAGAUUUUUACAACGUAUUAUCAAAGAAAACCUCAUCCACUAAGAAGAUAGAAUCAUAUCAUCUGGGAGACGCUCUUGAUGAUAUUAUGAACAGGAAAGUAGCUCCGGCUUUAAAUUUAACUCAACAGUGGCAGUUUUUGAACUACGAUGUAAAUACAGCUUUAAAAUUGGAUAUUAUGAAAGCAGUUCCUUAUCUCGUAGAAAAAUUAUUGAAUUCUACUGAUAUCAAAGUAGCUGUUUAUAACGGCCAAUUAGAUCUAAUUGUCGAUACGCCAGGUCAAGUUAAUUGGGUUAAAAAGAUGAAUUUCGAAAAUAAACAUUUGUGGGAACAAGCUGAACGUUUACCUUUCCAUAUCGAAGGAUUUAUGGAAGGAUACGUUAAAAAAUACGAUAAAUUCGCUUUUUAUUGGGUGAAUAACGCCGGACAUAUGGUUCCAGCUGAUAAUCCAUCAGCUAUGGAAUAUAUUUUGAGAGACGUUACAAAUAAUUUCGAAAUAUAAGUAUUUAGAAAGUACCACGUGAACCUAAUUAAUCAUAUUUCUCUAAAAUAAAGAAUCUACAACUUGAUUGA